AUGCCCGGCGCUGUUAAAUCUACGGCUUGCCAGACGUGCAAGCUCCGUAAAAUCAAGGCAAGCUAUGAGACCCGGAAUCUGCAACGGUUGAGCGACAUCGCUAACCUUAUUUCUUUUGGCGCUAAAUCCAGUGUGAUCAAAAUUGGCCGGGAUUUCGUCAACAACGGCCAGAACCAAGUCAAAGGAGAUUUCCCAAUACAGCCUGCGGAGGGCUCUGGGGUUUUGAAACUCCGUCAAAGCAGACCAUAUCGCUUGCCCAAGAGAAACCAAGACCCGUCGGGAACCGAGAGCCAAUCACCACAAGCCGUUGGUCACUACAACGCCUUUCGUUUUCAAACCUCGAUCCCUCGCGCUGAUCUUACCACGAGGGCGGACCGUGUUGCCUCCCGCCUCGUUCACCACAUCAAGGGCGAGCGAAACUGGGGUUGGGUCUUCUCGAUGCAGUACCUCCAGCACCUGCCGAAACGGUUGUCAGAAAGCCCAAGCUUGCGAGACACGGUGGCCCUCUUUUGCUCGGUCUUGGGAGAAUAUCGUCGAGGCAGGGAGGCAACUGAGUUCCUAACCCUGCCUUCCUACGGUAAGGCUCUCAACAGUCUGCGGAGGGCGAUCAAAACAGGGCAUGGUUUGAAAAUCGAGACUCUGGCAUCAAUUAUGAUGCUGGAGCGUACGGAGAGCGUAUUCGAUCGAGGGCGCGAUACUAUGUGCCUGAGACAUACAGAGGCCAUUGCGACCAUGAUUCAAAAGAUAGGACCCCCUAAGGCUGAUGAUCAACUUCACCUUGGCUUGGUUAGCGACAGCUAUGGCACAUUGGCCGUUCAUUUUUUGAAGACAGGUCAAGAUAAUUUCUUGUCCCAAGACCCAUGGAAAGGGAUCAUUGAAGAAAAUAUCUCAACUUUGCUUGAGAAUAAAGAAGCCCAGCCGCAUCUAAAAAGGAUCCUUAUUUUAUGCAAUGAAGGCUUUGGCAACUUGCCGAAAUUAGUGCGACGCUGCCAGAUGGUCCAUUUCGGACCUCGCGACUCCGAAGCGGCAGAGAAGGCUGCACAAUUGAUGUCCAGCCUCGCAGACAUGGAGAGGGCUCUUGAGCUCGCAUAUCGCGAAUUAUUCGAGAAGACCGCUGACUUGGGACUAAUACGCGACAAGACCGACCCCAACUCCAUCACCGGAAGUAGCUACGAGCUCUCAUCCGUCUAUCUGGCUCAAUUCUUGGUGUCAUCUCUUGGCCUCCAGCUCUACAUGCUGCGAAUGCUCUAUGACUGCAGUAUUGUCUAUAAUCCAGAUGAAACUCCUGACCUCUAUGCCAGGCUCACAGAAUUAUGCGUGAAGGUGUGGAAGUACGGCCCUUAUCUAAAAAGCCUCGAGGCUUGUGUAGCUUCCAGCACGCUCAGCAACAUUCUACCGACUUUGGAGUUUGCAAACGUAGAGCAAAAGGAAGUUCUGAUGGAUAUGAUUAUCGAAAUGGACAGAUUCCGGCAGCGUUUGCCAAGAGACAGGUUCGCGUUGGAACAGGCGUCUAACAUUUUCACGAUGCAGGUCACCGGCCGACUGCCUCCUACAAGUUUGUAA